AGCCAUUUUAGGGCACUAUUGUCGUAUUUAUAAACAUGUCGGAUGAUUAUGAAAACGUUUCUAAAGGAUCUCUUAAACUAAAGAAUGAUCAUGGUAUAAAAAAGAAAAAAAAGAAGAAAAAGAGUAAAGAGCUAAAAGAAGAAAUUAAACGAACCAAAGAGUUGGACUAUACGGAAAGUGACUAUGUAGAAACUAAGACUAAAGCUGAAUUAGCUUAUGAAAGAAUUCAAAAGCAAAAGGCUGAUGAAAAAAUUUUGAAACGAGCGGCUUUGACUCAUAAAGAAAAAAUUAUUAAAUUUAAUAAACAUCUAGAUGGAAUGACAGAACAUUUCGACAUGCCAAAAUUGAGUUGGACCAAGUAA